UUUCUUUCUGUGUGAACCGUGGAAUUUGCAGAGUUUGGUUAUGUCGGGUUAAGAUAUGAAAGUCAAUCUUAGAAAAAUUUUAAGUGUUUGAUAUAAUAUUCAAUUAUUAUUCUGUACGAAAACAGAGAAAACUUGGGGUUAAGGAUUUUUUUGUGCAAAUUGCCCUAAAAAUGCCAGCGGUACCAGGAGUGUAUUCCCAACAGGGUCCCUCAUGCUUUGAUAAAAUGAAAAUGGGUUUUGUUCUAGGAUUUUGCGUUGGUAUGGCCAGCGGAGCUUUAUUUGGUGGUUUUUCCGCUUUAAGGUCUGGGUUACGAGGUAAAGAACUUGUGAAUACAGUUGGGAAAGUAAUGUUACAAGGAGGAGGUUCAUUUGGUACAUUUUUAGCUAUCGGAUCUGGAUUAAGGUGUUGAAACUAAUAUAAGACUGACUUUGGUUCAAUUGUUUUAUGUGCCUGCAGGGUUUGUUAUUAAUAGUCAACAAAUUGUUUGUAGUAUUAAAGU